AUGGCUAUAGGGCAAAAAAGGUUAGCACUAUUUCAGAAACUAGAACAUUUUUACAACAUGGGUGUUGCUUGUCUUCUUCAUAGUUCAUCUCUCAGAGAAAUACUUAACUCUGCCAUUUGCGAUCCAUUCCUUACAGUACAGACAGAAGAAAAUCAAAUCAAGUCAGAGACGGAGAUAGAUAUUGCUUGUUUCAAGGAAAUUUAUUCAGAUUCAAAUUUCAGAGUCAAAGAGUUUCGGGCAAAUAUGGCGAAAUUAAACAAAAUAAAUAUGCUACUGGUAUCCAAAGGCUGCAGAAAUUUUAUAUUACAGAAAUUUAUGGCAGACGUCCUCAUAUCAACUGCUAUGUCAGUAAAGCUUGAAUGCUCAUCUGGUACUAAUAGGAAACGCUAUCAUAAUUCUGGGAGAACAAUUAUUCAUUUAUUUGACUUAGCUUCAAAAAUAGGUUAUAUAUCGGACAUUUUAUAUCUAGCAUUAUAUUUGUAUGAUAAAGGAAGAUAUCGUCUAGCAUUAAGUGUCACAGAAUUAGCAAAACAGAGACUUACACAGGGACAUGUAAUGUACAAUGGAAAUGUCGACCAAAAGAUGUACAGCGAUGUAGUGUGUGGCAAAUCUCCAUCAACAAAGUUAAGGAAACAUUGGGCAAGAGAUGUUACAAUUAAUGUAGAGUUUCCCUACAUAGAUGAAUUGAAGUUGGAACAGAAAAUAAGUUGGAUGAACAGAAUUGAGAUUAUCAAAUUACCCCCUUUAGUGACGUCACAUAUGUUAUGUGUACUAUGUCACUUCAGACAAGGUAACAGGCCAAAGUACCAAGAGUCUCUGGCAGACCUGCGGACAUUGUUGAUCUGCGACAAAGGUUUAUAUGUACCUUUAGAAUUAAGAGACAUAUCUUGGCAGAUCUUGGGAAUAUGUCAGAAUGUUGUUGGGGAAUUCGAAAGGGCACUGCAAUCUUAUAUAAAAUCCACUGAGCAAAUUCAACGCCAUAAGAUAAAGAAAGCUUCAGAGAUUAGAAUAGAUGAGGUAUACAAACAAUUGGGUUUGUAA